AUGUCUAUCGACGCAAUCAGGCACAGGUAUAGGUUCGCUUUUUAUUGUAGUGGUCAUGGCUACGGGGUGCGUACGCGCCAGAAGCUCAGACCGAGUCAGCUGUCGUCGACACUGGCUCCCCCACCCUAUCGAAUACUGGCCUGCCCGCCAGCCCUCCUGUGACCACACACUAACCCGACCCUUCACCCCGUCGUCGCAGCACGCCACAAGGGUGUCAGCCCUUACAUCGGAGCUCUUACAUGCUGGCCACGAGGUACACAUUGUGACAAACGCACCGACGCAACCCUUCUCCGCGGUUCUGCCACCUUCCGAGAUACCCUCCCCGGAAUUGCGAAGAGCGGCACCCGUACCGGCCACGACGCCGCUACCAUCGUACGCGUACUACCGUCGCCGAAACGUCGAUGCCGGUAUCGUGCAGCCUAAGGCGUACGAUGUGGAUCGAGAGGGGACCUAUCGCUUGCUCAAAAAUUUUAUAGAUCAACGGCCUCAGACACUCGCAGAAGAAAUCGCUUGGCUCAAAGGCCAAAGCAUCGACUGUGUAUUGAGCGAUUCAACUUUCCUCGGAUGGUCAGUUGUGCUGCUAUGGCUGCUGAGCUUUUGUCACGUUGAAUCGAAGGCCAAUCCACCCGCCAAGACGUUGACACCCCUUGCUGAUCGACGACCCGCAGCGCCGCUGGACACGGAGCGAGAAUUCCCUCGGUCAUCGUCAGCAAGUGAGUCAUUGCACAUCUUCGUCACAGCCACAGGUUGCGGUACUAAUGUGGCUUGAUUAUGUACCUGUCUUGUGUGACUUUAGCUUCACCUUCGACUCGUGCUAUUCUUACUUGUCGCUCGCCAGUCUUCCGUCCUUGACCGGAGAACCGCUCGAGCCGCCUAUCUCCGACUCGAUCCUCUCUCCCCUAGUCGAGCAGAGCAUUGCCGAUUACGCAUGCGCUUCUCUACUGUUGCGACUUCCGGGAGCGAUCCCUAUUCCGGGAUUUGACACGGACGCUCCGCUGCCGUCCGGAAAAUGGGUCAACGCUCAUAGAACCUCCUUCACUGCCGAGAUUGAUGCCUUACUUUCCCGGCCGACGUCCUCGAUUCCCGCCACCCGACCGCAGGGGCAACCCAAAGCACGGGUGAUCGAUGUUCCAUUGCUGGUUCGGCCUCCCUCCCCAAAGGUGCACACCCCGGCGUUUCGUCAGGCCCUGCUCGCCUCAAUGGACGUCCCAGAAGAACAAUUUGAGGCCAAGAUUCUGCUCGUUUCCUUUGGAGGCCAGUCGAUCCCUCGGCCACGCUCGAGACCGCCGUCCCCGCUGUCUACCCCGCUCAUGCGACAGUCCUCGGGUUUUUCGACGCAUUCGCUGGAGAUCCCUACGAACGUGAACUCCAAAGAAGCUGGCUUGUUGCCGAAAGGAUGGAUCGCCAUCGUGUGCGGCCUUGCGGGCAACAACAACGAGAUCCGAAACGACCUGCCCGCAAACUUUUACGCCAGCGACAAGGACGUUUAUGUUCCCGACUUGACCGCAAUGGCGGACGUAGUUUUGGGUAAAUUGGGUUACGGCACCUGCUCGGAAACCAUCUCGAACCAUACCCCAUUCGUUUAUGGUCAGUUGUGUUCCUCUUCGCAAUUCAUCUACGGCACGAGAACUGACCAUGGUUAUUUCUAUGAUCCCGCCUUUGGCGCAGUCCCGCGGCCUCUGUUUGUGGAAGAAUUCGGAUUGAAACGUUUGAUGACGUCCAGAGGUGUCGCGCUUGAGCUGAACCGACAAGACUUCGAGGCUGGCCGGUGGGAGUUCCACGUUCUCGAGGCGGAAGCUAGAGGCGCUGAGGCGAAGGCGCGCGCGAGAAGGGAAGGUUUUCAGGACGAGAGGGCCGGGCAAGUCAUCAGAGAUGAGCUGGAGAAAUUCUUGACGCAAUCGAAACUGUCAGCAGGGGAAGACGAAUAG